AAACACAACUAGACACCAUGAUGCUGAGAGAAGUCAAAGCACGGAAUCCGCGCACUGCGAGGAUUCUCAAGUCGCGAGAACCACAACUUAUCGAACAGCCAAAGCGUAUUCUCCUCCUCCAUGGGCCAAAAUGCCCAUUCCCUCUCCGUACAGCACUCAAAGUCUUCCACUCCCUUACACAGCCUCAUUCAAUCCUCUUUCACAAAAAGAAUGCAAACAUUCAUCCUUUUGAAAAUGCAGCGAGCCUGGAGUUCCUAGCAACCAAAAACGAGUGCGGUAUUGUGAUUUGGGGCAGCAGCAACAAAAAGCGACCGAAUUGCGUCACAUUGGUUCGCAUAUUCGAUGCGAAGGUUCUAGAAAUGUGUGAACUACUGUUGCUUGGGACACAAGAACAGAUGGAGCAGGAUGCAGCCGUGCGAGGAAGUGGAUUUCAUGCGAAAUUAAAUGUUGGCCUUGGGAUGAAACCCAUGAUUCUGUUUGCAGGGAGUGUGUGGGCGGAUUCUACGGUUCCUGUGUUUGGUAUGCUGAAGAGUAUGCUGUUGGAUAUUUUCAAGGUCGAAGAAACAUCCAAAAUUGAUGUUGAAGGACUACAGUAUUUGCUUAUGGUUGCAGCGGAUGAGCCAACUGAAGGGACAAGCCCAGUUAUUCAUUUAAGAUGGUAUCGAAUCUGCACGAAAAAGAGUGGCCAGAAGCUUCCCCGAGUUGAAUUGGAGGAAAUUGGCCCCAAAUUCGAUUUCAAGUUGGGUCGUAUACGAGAAGCGGAUCCAGGGGCAAUGAAAGAAGCCAUGAAACAAGGAAAGAGGCCACAAGACCUUGAACGAACAAAGAAAAAUAUCAGCAUGGAUUCUAUCGGCGAUAAGAUCGGACGAGUACACCUGGGUCGACAGGAUCUAAGUGCGCUCCAGACAAGGAAAAUGAAAGGACUCAAACGAAGAAACGGAAUAGAAGGUGAAGACCAAGAUGCUAAUGGAGAUAUGAUGGAUAUUGAUCAAGUGUCUGAGGAAGGAUCUUCUAAGAAGCCUCGGAUCGAUUAAGUACGAUUUGCUUAUGCUUGCUAGUAUCCCGUUGAGCCCGGCGUUAUCUGAAAUGACUGGUGGGAUUAGGUCUCUUUAUCAUCAAAAGUCCCCCUUUUUUUCUUGUUUUGGCCUUUGCCACCCUUUUUCUAGUGGGAACAUCUUAAAUGUUGGAAAGUGAGAGAAAUUUCACGCACUUUACAGAAUAUGAUCUUGUUGGUUACUCAAGAGGAUUAUGAAAUAAUGUGCCAAUAUACGGUGUCGGAUUUGGGGGUGCAGUUACAUGAUGAAUGUACUUCAUACUUUGUAUAGCUUACCGGCUUGAAAAUAUCAGUUCCUUGAUGCACCGGG